ACGAACCGGAAGCGCGGGGGACGGGGCGGGAGCCGCGGUCGCGCCGGUUGCAGCCUCCCCUCCCAGCCGCCCUGCCUGCCGCCCUCCCUCCCUCUGCGGCGCGCGGGCCGCGGCUUCGGGGUCGGCGCCGCUCGGGUCCCGCCAGCCCGGAGUCCCUCGGGGAAGAUUUUGCUGUGGUAUAUUUUGUCAUUAUGAGAUGUCGUCUACCAGUGCUUCAUUUGUGCAAAUUAGAUUUGAUGACUUGCAGUUUUUUGAGAACUGCGGUGGAGGGAGUUUCGGGAGUGUCUAUCGAGCCCGAUGGAUUUCUCAGGACAAGGAGGUGGCUGUAAAGAAGCUGCUCAAAAUAGAAAAAGAGGCAGAAAUACUCAGUGUGCUCAGUCACAAAAACAUCAUUCAGUUCUAUGGAGCUGUCAUUGAACCUCCCAAUUAUGGCAUAGUUACAGAGUAUGCUUCUGCUGGCUCACUGUUUGAUUACAUUAAUAGUAACAAAAGUGAAGAGAUGGAUAUGGAUCAUAUCAUGACCUGGGCAACCGACAUAGCUAAAGGAAUGCACUAUUUACAUAUGGAAGCUCCAGUCAAAGUAAUCCACAGAGAUCUGAAGUCCAGGAACGUUGUCAUAGCUGCUGAUGGCGUGUUAAAGAUCUGUGAUUUUGGUGCCUCAAGGUUCCACUCACAUACAACACACAUGUCAUUAGUGGGCACUUUUCCAUGGAUGGCUCCAGAAGUUAUUCAAAGUCUCCCAGUGUCUGAAACAUGUGACACAUACUCAUACGGAGUGGUUCUCUGGGAGAUGCUAACAAGGGAGGUCCCCUUUAAAGGCUUGGAAGGAUUACAAGUAGCUUGGCUUGUAGUGGAAAAAAACGAGAGAUUAACCAUUCCAAGCAGUUGUCCCAGAAGUUUUGCAGAACUGAUGCAUCAGUGUUGGGAAGCUGAUUCAAAGAAAAGGCCAUCUUUCAAGCAGAUCAUUUCAAUUCUGGAGUCUAUGUCAAAUGACAGCAACCUUCCAGACCAGUGCAACUCAUUCCUGCAUAACAAGGCAGAGUGGAGAUGUGAAAUUGAAGCAACCUUAGAGAGACUAAAGAAACUGGAGCGUGAUCUGAGCUUUAAAGAGCAGGAACUAAAGGAACGGGAGCGACGUUUGAAGAUGUGGGAGCAGAAGUUAACCGAACAGUCCAAUACUCCUUUUUUCUUACCUCUUGCUGCAAGAAUGUCUGAGGAGUCUUACUUUGAAUCUAAAACAGAGGAGUCAAACAGUGCAGAGAUGUCAUGUCAGAUCACAGCAACAAGUAACGGGGAGGUAGCUGGCAUGAACCAAAGUCUGAAGGCCUUGAUGAUGACGGGCUUUGGGGAUAUCUUCUCUCUGAACCAAGCAGGAUCUGUCCUGCGUUCUGGAAUGCAGAUAAACAUGCAAGCCAAAAAGAAUUCUUCUAAAACCACCUCUAUGAGAAAAGGAAAGAAAAUCAACAUGGCUUUGGGUUUCAGUGAAUUCGACUGGUCAGAUGACGAUGGUGAUGAUGAUGAUUAUUUUGAUGACACAGAUGAUAGCAGCGAAUGAAAUCAGUUAUAGAAUUAAAUUUGAAAUCGGUUUUAGCAAAGCAAACCAAUAAAGUUAUAGAACAAGAAUCCUGUCAGUUUGGUCUGUUCAAAUCCUGUAAAAGAAAAAAAAGAUGUUUUCCUGGCUGAGCAUGUUUGUGUGUAGAAAGACAUGUUGUUUUUGUUUAGAUUGUGUUGACUUAUUUCUGCUUUGAUGAAAUUUGGAAUUAAACUUUCCAAAGUAAUUGAGAUUACUAUUAAGAACCAUGAUUAUAUCUAUAAUUCUUGAUGCCUGAUUACAGAAACUAUGGCUUGAUAAACUUAAGAUCUGAAAACACUGGGGGAAACUUCAAUGCCUUUAAUGCCAUUAAUGUACUUCAAAUUUUUCUUUUGUGUUUUUUGUCAUUUUCCUUACCCCUUUAAUUGUCAAUCACAUGAAUAUAUUUGUACUUCCAGAUUUGCUAUUCUCUACAAUCCAAUCUUUCUUGCUGUUGCAGUGAAGGGGUUUGCUGUGUUUCUAAUUUAAAGCCUUUUUCAAGGCGGUUUUGUGGGAAGUCACAAAUACAUUUCUUGGGAGAAGGGAAGCUUGGUUGAGAGAAAUAGAGGGGUUAGUUAAAUAUACUGUUUGAAAACUGAAUAGCAGCAGAAUCUAGAUAAUCCCUAUUAGUAGAUGAUUUGUAUAAAUGUUCUUUUUUUCCCUCUCGUGUGUGUGCAUGUGUAUAUAAUUCACUCUAGCAAAGCGGAUUGCAAUCAGACCUCUGCAUCUAUUAUCAGAUAUUGUGAUCUAGAAGCUAAUUUUCAGUUAUGUUGAUGUAAAUCCAGGAAGCCUCAUUAACUUUGAUGGACUUAUUCUUGUACCUGAGAGUAAAAAUGGGUGUUAGCAAAUUUUGAUUCUGUUGCACCUCUUAAGCCCUGUGUGCUAGCUAUCCUUAUGAAAGGACAAAGAGAAGUCACAAUGACAUUUCAGCUUGGGCCCUACUACUGUGGCUUAUGUGAAAUUCUCAGUGAUGGCAGUAAUGUGAGGAAUAUUUACGAGUCUCUGAGUAUCUAUUUUUUGUAGCUAAAUCACUUUUAAAGUAUCGCCACUGCUGUUAUGACUUACCGUAAAACUCAGUGUGUAACAAUCUGCUACAAUAAUUGCCUGCCAGGCACUUGUGUUGAGAGCAGUGAGUACGUUUCUCCUGAUGACCCCUUUAGCAGUGAUGCAGGAGGAGGGAGGGAAACCAGCGCAAACACAAAUGCAGGUUAGAAAGGAAGCUGAUAUAAAAUAUUUGCCCAAGGAAGAAGGGCAGCAUUUCAAAAGAAAAAUGUUACUGUCUAGUUCAGCUAUAGUGGGGAUAAGUCAUCAAAAUCCCGUUCUCAAUUACUGGAGGGGUUUCUUUUAUGAAAACUUCUGUUUUUGAGUGGCUUCUUUAAUUAUAGGCUUGUCUGUUACACAGCUCUAACCUACGUAUUAUGGUGAGUGUUUUUGUAGAUAGCUUAGAGAAAAAUAGAUACAUUAGAUAACAGCAGGCCUGAAAUCAUUACAUGUUCAGACAACAAAAGAGAAAGUUCUUUGAAGGAGUUUUCCCAGAGUGACGAGUGGGCACCUCUUCGGGAUGUGAGAGGAUUGUUUUAUUCUUCAACAUCAGCACUGGUCUGGUAGCCUGUGAGGCAGCAAGCGCUUCAGUCCGAGCUCUCUUGCUCUGCUUGGUUUUCACAGGACUAGUCCUUCCCAAAUGCUCAGUUUCAGUAGGAUAUAAUUCCUCAUUUCCCCUUCUCCCUAACAGUUGCAAACCCAUUGACUUGAAGUUAACCCUCAUGGAUCAGGAAGCCUCUAUCACGGUAGAAUCAUAAUUUAAAUGAUGUAAUAAACUUACUGUGUAUCCCAGGGGGAAACGUGCUCCUUCAGCACAGGUAGGGAUGGCAUUUUAGGUCCGUCAAAGCAACCUAACUUUAGAGAGAACAAGGGACAUUGAAGGGCAAAGAAUAAAAUGGAAAUAUAAGCAAAUAGGCUAUUUCCAGUGCAGAUUUGUACUAUUUUUGUAAGUUUACGUCUGCUAACACCCACCUGCCACAUUGCACACAGGAGAAUUUGAUGUAUUUGUGUAAUCUAAUAGGUGCACUUAAGAUCUUAUGAUGUGUCAUUGUGCAUAGAUUACUGUACCACAUAUGCAGUGUAGUGUUGUACAACUUUAACUGAAAAUGAAAUUUGGUUCAAUACAUUUCGUGUUCAAAACUGUAUCUGUAUCUAGCACUGAUGUUUUGCACUUUUUAGUAUCUGACAUUCUCAGAGCACUUUAUGCACAUUUAUAUUUGUGUGGGUUUUUAAUUGAAUUUUUAAAUCCACUCCUUAAUCUUUACAGAAUUAAAAAUAGUCUUUAAGUAGUAUGGCUUUUUUAGUUAUAAAAUAACAAGAUUUAAGUCUCUUCACAAAUUUUUGUGCUUAUUACCCGUGUGUGUAACUUACUUCAGCAAAAUAUUGUCAGAAUUUGGUAGCAUCCUCAUAGGAAUUUCUAUUUACUUAGUUCCAGUUCUUUUGUGAAAAGAAAAAAAAAAUUACUCUUCCCCUUUCUUUCACCACACGUUAUUUUUCAAAGCAAAUUAAGCUAUAUUAAGGAAAAAAAUAAACUCAUAAAACUUGCUUGUGUGUUCGGAGUAGCAAAGGUCUAUGAAUUGUAGAGAAAGUUAAGGAUAACAUGACACACUGUUGGUGCGGUUCCCUCAUGACAGUGUUAUACUUAGGAUAUUGGCUCUGCUUAUAAGAAAAGAAUGGUAUUGAUUGCAUUUUUACUUUCCUGUGAUGGCUUUCAUAACAGGUGUCUGCAGUUUACAAGCCAAAAAUCAUAUGUGAGAAUCAGCUGUGUUUUUUCUGCCUCUGUUAUGCUCCUAGCUAGCUAAAGAGUUUGGAAGUGUCUCUGUAGGGCCGGUAUGUUGGUUGGAGGAGAUCAGAAUAUUUCGUCUUCCACACCUGAUUUUGCUCUGCAGUACGGCCCGGUCUGUCUUCUGCCUGUGUCAGCACCACAACAGUCCACUGCCACAUGGUGCCUUCCCAUGCCUCAUAGGCCUCUCAGCACAGUUGUCCCCACUGGGCGUUUUGGGAUCCCAGAUUUCUCUACCUUUCCUAGUGCUCUGCAGAUAUCUGCAGUAAAAUAGUAUUGCUGUAGUUGACAGAGGGGAUAUGCAAGAACUGGGCCUGAACUUCUCAUUUUUACCAGGCUGUUGUACUGCCAGCAUUGACUUGGAUGUGUGGCCCAAGAGAAGAAUGGUGAGGAUUGUCUUUUGGCUCGCUUAAAGAUGCGGGGUGAGCUGGGACCAAGACAGGAUGUCCUAACUCCCAACUUUGUUUCUUUUCCUUCAGCACUGGGGAAAAAAAUGGGGAGGAAUUAACGGGGUGGAACUCUUGAUCUGUUUGUUCUUGUGACCAUCACACCAGUAAUUCCUUGGAGUAGCAAGUGUUCUAAGGUAUGGUGUGUAGGUGUGCUGCAUCCUCAGGCCAGUCGGAUGUCCAGCUUGGAGUUUGUCCCCUCUAGAUGUGAAGGGCUUUUGGUAUAUGAGGUCUGGAGUAGCUCCUUGUCGCACAGUUGUGUUCUUGACUUGUCAUUUGUUUAUCAUUUGAGUGGUUUUGUUAGGUGUUAACUCUCUCUCCUUCUAGAUCUUAAAGCUGUUAUUCUGAGUUAAGUAUAUGUUGCAAUAAUGAUUCAUAUUGCUAUCUACAGUAGUGAGUCGGUAGUGUGCAUACAGCUAUUCAGUAUCCAGCAGAGUUACUGUGUGUCUUUAGUACUGUAGUUCCUUUUUCUGUAAUCAGGCAGCUUUUACAGGUUUUUAAUACGACCUCUAACUUGACAGAGGUUUUAACUACAGUCCUAUGUAGAAUGUUCAGGUAGAAAGAUAAGUUCAUUUAGUAAUUUUCACAGCCCUUAAAAUGCACUGGUAGGAAUCUGGAGGAGAAUCCUUUCCCUUUUCCCCCAGACUUCAACUUAGUGUACACUGUAAAAUCUGCACAGAGAUUUCUGAUGUGUGAAAAUUAAAUUUUAAAACUGUAGAACCAACAACCUUCUUUAAACAUUUUAUAUUGUGUGCUAAAUAUUCAUAAUGCCUUUCAAAGUCAGAUAUAGUCCACUGCAUUUCUUGCUUUUGCACUACUGAAAAAGUUUUGUACUGAAUAAUUGAAAUUGAUGCUACUUACACUUCAAGUGUGAACAGAUGAAAUUUGAAUAGAAAAUAUUUUCAGUGUU